UUUUGAGAAUACAAUAGCAUUUCCGAUCUUGCAGCAAUGGCUGACGUUUUAAGCAUUUUACGUCAGUAUAAUAUCAACAAAAAGGAUAUUAUAGAGAAGGAUGACCAAGUUAUUUUUAACGAUUUAGCUUGGCCAAAAACAGUCAAAACAAAUUACGUUAUUUGGGGAACUGGAAAAGAUGGCAUCACAAAAGAGUAUUACACACUUGAUUGCAUUUUGUUUUUGUUGAGAAAUGUUCAGCUACAGCAUCCAUUGUAUGUAAGAGAGGCAGCUGCUGCCUCUGUACCUGUUGUGCGUCGUCCUGAUAGAAAAGAUCUACUUGCUUACUUAAAUGGAGAAACUCAAAGUUCUACUAACAUUGACAAAAGUGCUCCAUUGGAAAUUCCACUUCAGAGACCUGCACAAGUCAAAAGAUUUGCAGAAGAUGCAGGAGAGGCAGAUAAGAAGAAACCAAGACUUGAGGAAGAAAAAGUUCUACAGGACAAAAUUAUAUGGGCCAGAAAGAUGGAUGCUCCAAGAGAAACAGCAGUAAAACCUGCACAAUUAGCUUCUUCCUCCCUCCCAGAGGCUAUGCCAUUGGAGAGAAUUGCAGCCAUCAAAGCUAAGAGAUGGGCCAAAAAAAGAUCUAUGAUAAAGGUAGAUGAUGCUGACAUACAACCUGGACCAUUAGAACAUAGUAGCUUCGUAGAUGCUGAAGUUGAUGUUACAAGGGAUAUUGUCAGUAGAGAAAGACUGUGGAGAACAAGAACAACAAUACUACAAAGCAAUGCAAAAAGUUUUGCAAAGAACAUUUUUGGAAUACUUCAGUCUAUAAAAGCUCGAGAAGAAGGAUCACAAAAACAUAAAUCAAGUCACACAUCACACACACCGUCAGCAUCACAACCAAGACCUGCGCCACAGGUGGCAGCUUACAGCAGAUACGAUCAGGAGAGAUUUAAGGGCAAAGCAGAAACUGAGGGUUUUAAUAUUGAUACCAUGCAGUCUUUUCACGGAAUGGCAUUGAAACAUGUGACAGAAGAAUCAUCUAGAAAACCAGAGAAACCAGAAAAACCUAAAGAACCAACACUGCCAUCACAAACACCACCACACCAGACACCACAACAAGUAUCACGGCCAAUAUCACAGGCUAGACCACCUCCUAGUCAAAAGAAAGGAUCUCGAACACCAAUCAUCAUUAUUCCAGCAGCUCUCACAUCCCUCAUCACUAUGUUUAAUGCUAAAGAUAUGUUACAGGAAUUUAGAUUUGUUUCAACGGAUGACAAGAAAGGGCAGGGAGCGAAACGUGACAAUGAAGUUUUAAUACAGAGACGGAAGAAUGGUGGGUUAACAGUGCCAUACAGGAUAAUAGAUAGUGCUUCUAAAUUGAGUACAGAUGAUUGGGAUAGGGUUGUGGCUGUUUUUGUACAGGGACCUGCAUGGCAGUUCAAAGGCUGGCCAUGGAAUGGUAACCCUGUAGAUAUAUUUGCUAAAGUUAAAGCAUUUCAUAUAAAAUGGUCGGACUUACCGUUGGAUAACAAUGUAAAGAAAUGGAAUGUGACUGUCCUUAAUCUAGACAGGAAUAAAAGACAUUUAGACAGAGCACACAUUCAGACAUUUUGGGAAGUUCUUGACAAGUUUAUGGCAAAGAAUAAGGCCCAUUUGAGAUGCUGAAAAAUGAUUAUAAAACUGCAGUGUUUACAAUCAUAAAUUCUCAUUGGUGAGAUAAAGUGUAUUAAAAUAUACCAUCUUGAUGUCAGCUGGUGUGGAAAUUGAUGAAGAUUAUCAAAGAAGUGCUAAUAUUGGUGAUGAAAGACAAUAAGACAUUAUUAUUUUAAAUUGUUGAUUUGACAUGCACCCUUUACAGCUUGCUUAUGUAAAUAAGAUCAACAGAAAUACCCAAUUUGAUAAUUAUUACUUAGUGUUCAAGGCAUGCAAUGAAACAGAUAUUGGUAUAAAACAGCAGUCAUAUAGAUAGAUCAUAUUGUCAGUUAUUUCAACCCUUAAAAUGGUAUGUGUAGUGUGAAAGUUUUUGUUGAAUCAGGGUGAAUUUUAAUUUGUAAAUUUACUAAGAAAACUGAUGAACAUAAAUAGAUAAGAAUGCAUAGACAGGCUGUAUGUAUGUGCUUUUGUUACAGACACAUAAUUUAUGCAUUGGUUAUAUUUGCUUUAUUUUCAUAUUAAAUUGAAGUGUGAAAAAUGCAUUUAAAUGGAAUUUAUUUAAGUUUAUAUGAAAAGAGAAAAUACUUAACUAUAUUAGCAGUAUAUGAAGGGUAAAAAAGUUUUGUCAUGCAAACAAUAAGUUCUACAGAACUCAAAACCAUUGUCAUAUCCUGUUCUUAAAGAUAAUUACACAUGGUUAAAGUUUCAUAAAUUUAUUGAUGCAAUUUUUCUGUGUCCUUUAUGAUAGGAAGCUUCCCAAAUCAUGGUAUUUUUGUUAAAACUGGUGUUCAUUGGAAUAAAUGGCUUGAUAUAUUGACGGUACUCAUCAAAUGAUGUAAAAGAUGGAGAGAAAAAAAAUGUUUUCAAUACAAAUGCAAUUCUGAUAGUUUCAUUGAACAUUUUCUGUGUAAAGUAUACAUUCAUGUUAGAAUUGGAUUAUGUUUAUUAGUUUGUUGUAAAUUUUUCUUGCAUCCAGUUCCAGUCUUGGAACCUGAUAAUUGUGUCAUCCCUGUACUUACCAUGUACAUGUACUUGAUAUGUAAAUAAUUUGGGAAAAUUGUCAAUAUGUAUAAAAGAUUUGUACAUAAUAUUGCCCUGAUGUUUAAGAAAAGUUAUGUUGCGAGGCUUAUAUAUUUUAUGUAGAUUUUAACCUUGUCAUGCAUCCUUAGCAGUGUAGGAUCAUAAGUUAAAUAGAUAAACUCUUUUUCUAUUAUAAAAUAGCUGAAAAUAAAGCAAGUGAAGACCAAUUAAAACAUUGUUCAUCAAUUAAACAAGCUAGUUUUACUUGAUAAUGGUAUGGAUCUAUGAUUUCUUUUGUUGAUUCUGCUCAGCUGAGAAAUCUGUCUUUUAGAAUUGAAAAAAAUAUGAAAAUAGUAUGCCCAUUUAAUUUAAUUCUCUACAUUGAAAUAUAAGUUUUAGCCUCAUCUGACAUGUCUGAUAUAUGUUAUUUGCAGCUUAAUCAUAGUUUUGUAAAUAUAUGUCUGGAAUCUAAAACAACCUUCUUUCUGUGAAAGACUCUAAAUUAGGUCAUCUAUUCAUUGGUCAACACAAGUCUAACCUGCAUAAUUUGAAGGUUGUAAUAUGACAACAACAUUGAGUAAUUCAGUUGAAUGUGAAUAUACAUGAUAAAUGGAGUGUGUGUAUGUGAUAGUGAUGUUGUACAUGUGGAAAAAGAUGUAAGUGUAUGAACAAGUGAGAGCUGUUUUGAGAUUUUAUUUUUUGUGUCAUGUAAUGCCCAGACACAGAAAAAUUGUACCCUCUUGUUAUUAAUGAGAACAAGAAUAAAAUAUGAGAAAUUUUA